GUGGGAUCCCGAGUUCUGCCUCCAAGCCUGAAAGCCCUUACCCUAAAAGGUGAAGCUAUGAGGUGACACAGCUUUCUCCACUGAGACAGAAGACAGAGAAGGGCAGGAGGACAAGAUUUCCCCAUCAGCCCAGACACCUUCCGGUGAGUGGAGAUGUAUGGACACACCAGCCAGCUGGGGGACUAUGGAGGCUGAGGAAAUCUACAUGAACCAGCAGAUCAAGAUGCAGGUGGUGGGCUCCAAAGUCAAGAAACGGGGGAAACCAGGCAAUGAUGAAGGUGCUGGUGACCCCAACUAUGAGAAUAUUACCUUGACCAGACACUGGGACCAACCAAAGGGUGGUCACCCAGCACCCACAGAACAAGAUCACCUGGUCUGCCUCUCUGCCCCAGUUCCAGCCCAGCCCAGGCCAUCUCCGGACACUUUACAGGUCCCCUCUUGGUUGCACAGAGCCAUCAUGAGCCUGCAUAUUUUCCUCGCCCUGAUCUUUCUGUUCUGCAUUACACUCUCCACCUUGGUCCUGGUGAGAAAUUCUGCAAUGUCCACGGACCUGCUGGACUUGAAAAGACAGCUUUGGAAUGUCUCAAACUCGAUGCGGGACUGCUGUGAUGAGCAGAAGAAGUGUUGCCGCAACAUCCAGGAGGAAGUCAUAAGGGUCAAGGUUCUCAUCAACUCGGUCCACAGCAAGGUCCAAUCCUCAAACAGCAGGCUGAAUAUGGUGUCAACAGAUAUAAUCAUGAUCAGUGAAAAAAUACAGAAAAUCCUCAACCUGCAGGAGAAAAAUACACAGCCCACUCCCCAAUAAACAAGAAGACAUGGCAACCACAUCAUGGAAGAUGGGACCACACCUGCCAGUGAAGAUGGAAAAUGGGGGUCCCCCAGCCUGCUGCAAGCCAGCUCUGCAUUCCAUGCAUAGGAAAUUGUGUGUCUGGGUGAAUGAGUGUUGUACAGUUGCAUGUGUGUGCAUGUGAAAAGGGGCGUUUGGUGGAGGGUGGGAGUUUCCAAGUGUCCCAAGGGCAGGUGUUAUGGGUGAAUGUAAGCAUGGAGACACAGAAGGUGUGCUGUGCAUGCCCGUGUCACUCUACAUGUGACACACGUGUGGCAUGACGUAUGUGAGCCUAGGCAUGCCUGGUGGGUGCCUGUCAACAAGGAUCCCAAAAGUAUGUCAUUGUGAGUGUGGGUGUUGGUGCAUGUGAUUUAUGUCUCAGUGUCCAUGUGUGAGUGCACCCUGUUGUGCUGUAUGUAUAAACAGCACAGGUGGUAUGUGGGGGUGUAUCCCUGUGAGGGUGUUGCCGUCUGUGCCCUGUCACUACCUGUGCCAGCAUGGACGGAUGUGUGUCAUUCUGCACGUGCCUGGUCAUGUCACCUUGUGUGUUUGGAGAUGCACACAUAUGUGAUCAUUGUUUCUAGACUCAGAUUUUGUGAUUCAUGAAGAUAAAAGUCAAAGGGAAACAACGUGAUUUUGGACCUAUUUUUGAGAUGACUGGGGGACUUUGGAACCGGCUGAAGAGAGUCUGCAAGUUCUGGGGCUUUGGGAGUGGGGAAACCCACACAACGAGCAUGGCUAUGAUGUGGGGAACCCUGGGGAAGAAGGGUGAACAAGAAUAAAGACCCCAUGCAGGUCCGUUUGUGUCCUGUGAACGUGUACCCAGGGCGUGACUGAGUCUCUAUGCCCCAGUGUACACACGAGCACACAUAUGCUCUUAUGUGCAUGCAGCCUGAGAUGGACAAUGCCUCUCUAAGUGUACCCUGAUAUAUAUGAGCUCCUAAACGUGUGCACACGGGUGUCAUUGUGCCUGUGAGUGUAUCCGUGCCACUGAGCAUGCAAUAUGGGUGUACAUGUCCCUAAAUGCAUUAUGCCAAGCGACUCAUGGAUGUAUUCGAGAUAAGAGAACAUGUGUCCAAGGAUACACAUGUGCCCUUGAGACAAGAGACGUGUGCUCAUCGUCAUACGUGUGCCCCUGAGCAGGUGACUACGCGUGCUACUGUCCCCUUGCCAACCAAAGCUAGCGAGGCUAGAGAGAGUUCAGCCGCCGGCGGAGUGGACACGCGCGCCCCCCUGUGGCCACUGCCGGGCACCACCACUUAC